GAGUGGUGGUUGUGGACGAGUUGCACAUGCUGGGAGACUCUCAUCGAGGAUAUCUGCUGGAACUUCUCCUGACCAAAGUCAGAUAUGUUACAGAGAAGGUAGCAAAACGAGAGGUGAAGAUGACCAGUCCUGGUUUUGGUGGGAUACAGAUAGUAGGCAUGAGUGCUACUCUCCCUAAUUUGGGACUCCUAGCCUCGUGGUUAGAUGCAGAGCUAUACUGUACAGAUUUUCGCCCUGUGCCCCUCAAGGAGUGGGUGAAAAUUGGCAGCAACAUAUAUGACUCCUCCAUGAAUUUAGUGCGAGAAUUCCAGCCCAAGCUUCAACUGAAGGGAGAUGAAGACCAUGUUGUGAGCCUGUGUUAUGAGACUGUUUGUGGUGGCCAUUCAGUCCUGCUUUUCUGUCCAUCCAAGAACUGGUGUGAGAAGCUGGCAGACAUCAUUGCCAGGGAGUUCUACAGUUUGCAACAAGCUGACAGUUCUGUGAAAAACUCCACCCUGGUCCCAGUUGUUGUGGACAGAGAAGGGAUCAAUGAGGUUCUGGAUCAGCUAAAGCGUUCUGUCUCAGGUCUGGAUUCUGUGCUCCAGCGUACUUUGCCAUGGGGAGUGGCAUUUCAUCAUGCAGGUCUUACUUUUGAUGAACGGGACAUUAUUGAAGGAGCCUUUCGCCAAGGCCUGAUUAGAGUCCUGGCAGCAACCUCCACGCUCUCAUCUGGAGUGAAUUUACCCGCGCGCCGAGUAAUUAUACGAACACCCGUGUUCGGUGGCAGACUGCUGGACAUUCUCACUUACAAGCAGAUGGCUGGAAGGGCUGGCAGGAAAGGAGUAGACACAGAGGGUGAGAGCAUUUUGGUUUGCAAGCCCUCAGAAAGAUCGAAAGGAACUGCUCUGCUUCAGGGAUCUCUCAAGCCUGUUUGCAGCUGUUUGCUUAGAAGAGAAGGGGAAGGUGUUGCUUCUAGCAUGAAAAGAGCAAUACUUGAGAUCAUAGUGGGGGGAGUGGCCAACACUCCAGAUGAUGUGCAGACCUAUGCUUCUUGCACUCUGCUUGCAUCCAGCUUGAAAGAAAGCAAGUGGGAAAAUGAGAAAGAACAAGACAAAGCACAGGCUGGACCUAUUGAGGCUUGUGUGACAUGGUUGCUGGAAAAUGAAUUCAUUCAGGUUCUGGACUCUGGCAAUGAUGUGAAAGCAAAGGUUUAUCACCCAACACAUCUUGGCUCAGCUACUCUUUCCUCUUCUCUUUCACCAACUGAAGCCAUGGAAAUCUUUGCUGACCUGCAGCGAGCUAUGAAAAGCUUUGUUCUGGAGAAUGAUCUGCAUAUUGUCUAUUUGGUCACCCCAGUGUAUGAGGAGUGGACCACAAUUGAUUGGUACCAGUUUUUCUGCUUAUGGGAGAAGCUUCCUGCCUCAAUGAAACGUGUGGCUGAGCUGGUGGGGAUUGAAGAAGGCUUUCUAGCUCGUUCUGUAAGAGGCAAAAUCAUAGCUAAAACAGAGAAACAGCACAGACAAAUGGCCAUCCACAAAAGGUUUUUCACCAGUCUUGCCCUUCUGGAUUUAAUCAGCGAGGUUCCCUUAAACGAUAUGACCAAGAAAUAUGGCUGUAGUCGUGGCCAGCUUCAAUCCUUGCAGCAAUCUGCUGCCACUUAUGCAGGAAUGAUAACAGUUUUCUGUAAUCGACUGGGCUGGCACAACAUGGAGCUGUUGCUCUCUCAGUUCCAGAGUCGCCUCACUUUUGGGGUUCAUAGGGAGCUUUGUGACCUGGUACGAGUAUCUCUGCUGAAUGCACAGCGUGCCAGGACACUUUACAAUGCUGGCUUUGUCACCGUGGCUGAUCUUGCUAAAGCCAGUCCUGAUGAUGUGGCAGCUGCUCUGAAGAAUUCAGUGCCAUUCAAAAGUGUUCGUAGGGCUGUGGAUGAAGAUGAAGAAUCGGCAGAGGAACGUCGGACUGUGCGCAGCAUCUGGAUGGCUGGAAUGAAAGGCUUAACUGAAAGAGAAGCAGCUUCUGUCAUUGUGGAGGAAGCCAGGAGACUGCUGCAGCAGGAUUUGGCACUGAUGGGAGUGCAGUGGAACCCAGAGUCUUUUCUUGAGACUGAUACAUCCUCUAUGAUCAGCAGUGAGUCAGAACUUGAAGACAGACUGCAUAGAUCAGAUGGAGAGGAGUCUGCUGAAUCUUCAAGGGUGUUAAACAAAAAAGAGUUUAGAGUUCAGCAUUGUAAUGGCCUUGGUUUGCAGACUGGAAACUUAUCAAAUAUUAAAAAGGGAUAUAAAAGACGGCUAAGCAGUAGCACAGAAAAUUCCAGGUGUGAGAAUGAAGUCCCAGGCAAGAAACAGGCUCGAGCAGAGGAAGGCAAGGGUGAUAUUGUGUACAGUGCUAAAAAACUGCCAAAUACAUGCACAGGUAAUGAAAACAGGGAAGGAAUUUCUGUAAUCAAAACCAAGAUAGAUUCCAGGACAGCCAUCCCAGAGCAUCUUACUGAACAAGGAAAGACACCAGCAUCGAGAACAAAGUCUUCAGCCUCUAGGUUGAUUAAAAGCACAGAUGUGCAUUUAAACCGCACUAGGAACAAAAAUACCUCUUUAAGACUGCGGAGGUCAGUUCUUGAAGGUUCAAAUAUACUUAGCAUAGACAUACAAAAUCCACCUGCUUUCCACCCCACCAUCUCUACAGAUAAUUUUUUUUCAAACCGAAAUAAUAAGGAAUUUAUGGAAACAGAUUCUUUAACUCAUGAAGUCUCAAAUUCUGUGCAGAUGGACAAAAUAAAUAUUGGGAGAAAAGAUAAAAUGGAAGCAUUUACAGAGCCCACCACCAGUAAUGAAGGCAUACCUAAGGGGAGAGCACGUUUGCAGGCAUCUGUUAUGUUGCAGGGUACUCCACACACCAGUGUGGAGACACAUAAUAUUAUAGGAAGUAGAGUCAUACCCGGUAGUGCUAGGACACAGAGAAAUGAAAAUAAUGAUUAUAAGCAGAAUAAAAUUAGUAGAACUCAAACAAAUGUGAGCUGUGCUGAGGCUAGGAUUGAUAGGCAGGAGAUGGCUUUAGACACAGGUCAUGGUAAUGUAACUGCGAGCUGCUCUGGAAGUGGACAUGUCCAUUGUGACAGCAGGAUACAGAAACCUGUUCAUUUUUGUCCUAGUGAGGAUAAAAUCUGCAAUAUUCAGAUUCAGAAUGGUGACAAACAUGGGAGUGAAAAGCCCAAUGGAAUAUUACAAGCUGGAACAUUGCAGAAAGGCAACAGUCAUCCCAAGGUUUUUCUGAAAGAGUUUCUAGGAAAAUACAGAGGUGUUUGCAAUGCAGAUGAUGUUCAGAAUGGUCCAACCUCUGAUAUGUUUUCUAACUCUAGAGACUUUGAAGACAGUUUCCAGUUGGAUACUCAAACUGAGAUGAUAAUAAAACAGGAGAUAGCAGCUGGAAUCACAGGACAGCAGGGAAUAGAAGGUUCGGAGCUGGCAGCAAUACCACGGCAGGAAAUCUCCAAAAACCUAAGCAGUUUAUGGACUGAGAAUGCUACUGAUGAAAGAGUGGCUGCAACAGCUAGGAAACUGAGCUUAUCAAGUCUUAUCACAAAAAAUAACAUUACCAAAAACAUAACUCAGCACUGUAGUAAUCAAGUUUUGGAGUCUGGAGCCCUUAAUUUACAACCCAUAGUGAAGGAAAUAGAAUCUGCACCUUGCCUUAAAGAAAGUGAUUUCUCAGUGACUGACUCACAGCUACACAGUUUUCUACAAGAUUACCAGACCCAAAAUUCUGUGAAAGGGGAGAAUGUGUCUAAAGACCUUAAUAAAGCAACCUCCCAUUUUGGAAGGGAACACAUUGUACAAAUAGAAUGCCAGCCUGUCCCUGAAGCAAGCCUAAAUAUGAGUGAUAGCUUGCUAUUUGAUGAUAGCUUCAGUAAUGUCACUGACCUUUCAGCUGUUUGCAUCAUGGAAGCUGACAAAAAGGACCCUGUGGAGAAACCAGAGGCUUUGCUUCCUCCAGAUGGUCUUUUGCAGAAUCUAAGACCUGUUCAGAAUAAAUUUGAUGUCGGUGGCAAACAAGAACACGAGAAUCCUGCACAGUGUAACAAUGUGUCUCUAGCACCCUCUGAUACAAUAGCUGAAGGUUUAGGUCAUGGAAACUCCCCAUCUUUUCUGAAAGAUCUUCCUGCUACCUUUCAGGGUCAGUCAGGAUUAAUAAACCCAGUGAUUUGUAACAAUGACCCCAGACCAAAGGAUUUAGUAGGAGAUCAAGGUGAAAAGCUCCAGAGAAGCCAGCAAACUUUAGAUAAGAAACCCCAUCCAGUGGAAUGGACUGACUGCUCAUUUGAACUAAGCCCAGGAUUGCAGGAUGUGUUAGACAAAUGGCCUAGUCCCUCAAGCAUUGAACCAGUUUCAGUAAGUUCCUGUUUGAAAGGAAAGUUAGUUUCUCCUACUGUUAAUCAAGAACCAGAUCUAGUUUUUGAAUCUGACUGUUGUAAGCCAGAGCCUUUGCCCACUUGCCAGGAUUUAAAAAGCUCUUUCAAGGUUAAAGAAAACAAAACAGAAAACUUACAUCUUCAGAAAACAGAUGUCAUAACACUUCAGCUCAAGGGAAGCAGCAGAGUGUCCUGUCCUCCAUCAGAUAAUAACAAUGGGUUUAUUCCUCCAACACCUCCCAAAGAGCUUUUUCCAAAGAGUUCUUUUUCUGUGAAAUCUGCAAGGAAGAGGCAAGUCAUUUGCAAGAAUGAAGGACAAAUGAUUCAGCCACAGCAGAAU